CAAACCGCUGACCAACCGCUUUUUCAGUCCCGACAACUGCGAAAGCUGCCUAGACAGUCCUCUACCAUGAGACUUGAGCCGCAGCCUUGUCGUCGCAAGUGGCGUUGUAGGACCGAUACAGGCAUUGACUGACUUGAGAGGUGUCGAGAUCCUAUCAUAAGGGGAUACUUGUCUGAUAUUUAUACUCGAAAACGACUCUCAUCUAUUACUCCCAGCCCAGAUCUUGUUUGUCGUCCUCACGAUAGUCACUUUCCUUCCGCAUGUUUCGAGCCUUCUGAUCUAUGCACCUACGCUUGUAUUCACAGCAACUUCAGAUGCCAGUUGACUUCGGGAGAUAUUCAACGAGCUCAGAACAUCCAGCAGCUUUAUUGAGGCAAAUAUGAUCCUGAAGUAAUGGAUACGGGGUACGGCGUUCGAAUUGCCAGUAAUCAUGACUUGCGACACUAGCUAUUCACAUACACUUCAUAUCUCACCACCGGUAAAUGUCAAUUUCAUUUUAUAAGAAGCUCUUGCUUAUCAUGUUGACUGAACAAAAACAGUUCCCUGUUCGUGGUUUACGCAUGGACCUUUAUCAGCGGCGCGUGGAUGAUCAACCCAAGCUUGUUGAUUUGAGCACCGUACGAAAAUAUGAAAUAAAAGCUAUAAGUAGGGUGCUCAGCCAGCGCUGAGUGGAUGAUCUCGCUUGUACCCUUCUAUAUCGGGUGUCCUGUUCAUGACAAGGUCUUGUGUUCCUAGAAAUACAACUAUGUCCCGACUUGGCUGGCACUUGGCUCUGCGGACGGACGGGAUACCUAAACAAUCCAUAAUAGUCCAGGCGGACCAACAACGGCCAUUACCUAUUUCCAUAGACCCAACUGGGUCAAGGCGCACCUCAUGGGUAUUUGAUCAAUGCCUUGUUAUGUGGCAUACACCAGGUAGUAUUGCAAUGAACAACCAAAACAGAGAUCGACCCCCGCACUAACACUCGUUCCUAGGCAUACAAGAGUUCCGUGCUGAGCUCAUACCUAACAUGGUCAUCAAGCACGUGAAGCAACAUGCUGGGUUGGCAUUGAGUCGGUUGCCGCUUGCAAAAUAGGUGCUUGGCUCAUCUUCUCUAUUUCAAUACCGAACGGCCGAUUGCGUGCUGCCAAGGGGAUCUGCGGGUAGCUUGACUAUCACGACAGCGUCAUUGUUUGACUUGUCACCACCGAGCCUCGAGUCACAGAGCCUGUGGCUGCAGUCUCCCAGACGGCAAGUGGGCUGAUUGCUAUGACAGUUUCGAUCGUCUGUUGGGCCGUUGCUAACACAAGCACCUCUCGGGUUCCCCACGGAACUUGUCGGCAGCAUGGUGAUACCGAUACCUAGAUGCUGUGCUGAAGCUGAAGCUACACAACCCUUUUGGUUGAAACGUGCAAGCCGCGCCCAAUCUAGCGUCGGGUAGGUCAAGAUCGAGAUGAUCAAACUUGUUCAGGCGCCUUCUGAGUCCUGACGGCUGUUACAUAUAUAUGAUAGAUCAUGGCACUUGACUGGCAGCCAUUGCUCCUCACCACGGAACACAACAUCCUGCCAGUACAGCAGCUUCUCCAUUCACCUGCUUCUCUGCAGCUGUCGCGCACAUUCUGUGCGUCUCCCGUCUCAUUAUGCACUUCCCCCAAGGCUGGAGCAUCCUGCUGUGCCUUCUAGUGUCCGCAACAUCAACCGCUGCUGCAAAGGCGGACCCGGCGUCUGCAGCUAGACGUUCCAGGGAUGCCGAAAAUGGCAUUGUUCGCUUGCCGAUGAGAAAACGAAGCCCCAGUCAACAGCAGUCCAGAUCAAGCCGUGGGUUCCCUCAUGCACAGCGCCUUCCGGCGCAUUAUACCUCCGACUACUACAGCACAAGCACAACAUCCUCCGCCCCGCCUGCAGCUACACUUGCCCAGGCCAACCUGACCAGCAUAUUCAAGGAGAUGGCCUAUGGCAUCAAGAUGUGGAUUGGAGAGCCCGCUCAGGCCGUGACCCUCGACUUCGAUACUGGUUCUUCCGAAACAUGGGUCAGUCCACACUGCACCAUGGUUGGUUGGAAUCCGUCCUACGAGAAGCUCUGCCGGUCACUGGGCAUGUAUCUGCCACAGCAGUCGGAAACUGUGAUCAGCAUGAACAAGACCUUUCCAUCCAAGUACAUCACGUACGGCAGCGGGGAAACGCACAUUGAAUUCUACAAGGAUGCCAUCAGCUUCAACGGUGAGCGAGACUUCAUCCAGCCGGUCGUUUUCACUGCACUGACGAGCCAGACAGAUCCAUCCGAGUACUAUGACGACGAAAUGUUCUCGCUCAGGCAGCCGGUUCAGUUUGGAGUGGCGACGUGGUCGUCGGGCAUGAUCUCGGGCAUUUUUGGAGUGGCAUAUGGAGAGGGAUACAACCAAAACUACAGCGGCAUGAUCGAUGCCAUGUAUUCACAGAAGCUAAUUCGAGACAAGGAUUUCAGCUUCUCGCUUGGAAGCGUAGAUGAUGAAAAUGGCGAGAUUGUCUUUGGCGGUGUCGACAUGGCCAAAUUCAGAGGGCCCCUCCACGGCGUGGAGAUGGCAAGCCAGCUCAACCAGGAAGAGGAUGGUUACUACCGGUACUGGAUCAACCUCACCUACAUCGGCGUCACCCAACCCGGGUCGUGCCUGUCCAUGCCUGUGACCGAACACAGCUUCGAAGAACGCUUUCUCCCCGAUACAGGUACCACCCUCACAUACGUGCCAAACCAUGUAUUCGAAAACAUCAAAAGGUUCUUCCCAGACGCCGUGGACAAUGCAACAUACGGUACCAUUGUCGAUUGUUCCCACCUCCACGCCGAGGGGAGCGUUGAUUUCGGCUUUGGGAACCAAACCAUUCGUGUGCCCUACAGAGACUUUAUUUUCCAGCUUGAACCAGGUGUGUUUGGUGACAACGAGGAAACCCUCUGUCUCCUGGGCGUUGUCCCUUCCUGGGAUCAGUUUUACAUUCUUGGAGAUACGUUCCUGCGGUCGGUAUACGCUCUUUUCCGACAGAAGGAGCACAAGAUCUACUUUGCUCAAUACCAAAACUGCGGCACCAACAUCAUAUCGACCCAUGGCAUCGGCCAGUUUCACGGCGACUGUGAAGAGGGGUCCGACGCGCCCUCUUCGGCCGACGACGACUCGAAACAUGGGGAGCUCUCCUCGACCUCCUCAGAAAGCUGGGUGAUGACACAAGCCUCGAGCUCUUCUUCCUCGUAUUCAGCCUCGAAAUGCACCUCGUACUCUACUGGCGCCUACUCGGCCGUCCCCACUUCCACCAGCAGCUACGACCCCUGGACCGAGGAACCUUGGGGAACCACCACCACCAUGAUUUGGGACACCGCCAGCAGCACCUCAGAUAUCUCCUGGGAAAGCUCCACCACCACAGAUGAUUCGUGGUCUUGGACGACGGAUGAUUCUUGGUCCUGGACAGACAGCCUCUCCACCUCCCUAGUCAGCAUCGAGUCCGACUUGACCGGCACAGACUGGGAUUGGACCACCACUCCCAUUUCCAUGGAAUCGAUGCCGACAAUUGGCACCGAGGAUUGGACAUCGCUUGAUUUCGAGACGUGGACGGACGAGGACAAGAAAGUGCAUGUGACGGGAAAACCUGUCUUGGGUCAGGGCGGUAUCCCAACAGUGAGCCCGACUUUGAGACGGCGCGGGAAGAAGGGAAGAGCCGACCGGUCCUCCCCGACAGAUGCGGCGGCCAUGAAGCCGGCGAUGACGGUCAGCACGGGGCCGAAGGAGACAUUGGUGAUUGAUGCUGGAAAUGGCAAGGAAAAAGUGACGGUGGUCGGCGGUGCUGUGCAAGGUCAGUAA